GAUGGGGGAGAGCAGCAGCUGCCACCUACCUCGUCGGCUUCGUGAUCCUGGUCAUCUGUUUUGCCCUGGCAGUCAUUGCGUUCUCAAUCGAGAUACUCCGCUUCAACUUUGUGCGAGGAAUUGGAGGCUUGCUCUUUGUUGUUGCUGCGUUCCAGAUCAUAGGCUUGGUCAUCUACCCAGUGAAAUUCGUAGAAGAAAUUCAACUGACGGGAGAUAAUAUGUUCAGCUGGGCCUAUGGCUUUGGCUGGGCCAGCACUGUUGUUGUAAUAGGUUGUGCUUUCUUCUUCUGUUGCCUCCCCAACUGGGAAGAUGAAGUCCUGGGAAACAUCAAGCCUACCUAUUACUACUCCUCCCCAGAGAGAGCACCAUACUUAAAUUGAAAGAUUAAAUCCGAGUACAAUCAACUGUCAAAAGAACAGAGGAGCACCUCUGAUGUAAAUUUGGUGCGAUUAUAGGAGACUGAAAAAACCCACCUUAUCUGCCCAGAGUAUUUCUUAAUAGCCCUGGCAAUAAAUUAGUAAAAACAUUGGCACCUUUAAGCAAGUAGCUUUUUACCUAAAGUAUUAUUUAUGUAUUCUCAUGUCGAUUUUGUUUGGGUGGUUUACUUGCUCCUUCCCCUCCCAACUUGAGUCAUCCUUAUUU